AUGGACAAGAAGAAGAUCAGUAAUAAGCAGUACUACGAUGCCAAGAAAAACACCAAGACAUCCAACAUCAAGGAAGGGGACAUUGUUAUUUGUAAACAGAAACCAAACAACAAGUUAUCACCAAGAUUCAAUCCCGAGCGAUUUACGAUCGUGGAGAGGAAAGGCGCAACAGCUACGGCACGAAAUGGCAGACGCACCAUCACGCGUAAUGUAACUCAUUUCAAAGUAGUUAAACCUGUAGACGAACAAAGUAGUGAUGAAGAGAAGUCAACUACCGUGGAAGAUGUACAGGACAACAGGGUCGGAGAUGAUAUGCAGGACUUUAUAGAAGAAAGUCACCCGAUAGCAAGAAGAUCAACGAGAAAUCAACGAACAAAUCAUA